AUGUCGUGGAAUUCCGAAGGUUUCUUUGAUCCGAACUCAUACAAUCAACAAUAUGCAGGUCCAACGGCGUACGAGCUGCAACAACAACAACAACAACAACAGCAACAGCAACAGCAGCAACAAUAUCCUGCAGCUCCUCAAUCACACGCUCCUUAUGCCGGUGGUGGCUUCAUGCCAUCUCAAUACAACAUGAACAACCAAGUCAACCCUAAUCAAUUUUAUCGACCAGAAGACUAUUUACCCCAACCUGUUAACCCAACAGGUGAAAGUGAAGAGGAAUUACCUUUACUUGAAGAAUUAGGUAUCAAUUUCGAUCAUAUAUUCAAAAAGACAAAAUCUGUUUUGAAUCCGUUUGCAAAACCUGAUGCAUCAAUUCUCGACGAUGUUGAUCUGGCUGGCCCAUUGGUCUUUUGCCUUGCAUUUGCAUCCAGUCUUUUAUUAUUAGGCAAAAUCCAUUUUGGUUAUGUUUAUGGUAUUGUCACGUUGGGUACAGUUGGAAUGUACGGAUUGUUAAACAUGAUGGCAUCUCCCGAUAAACCAUGUUCUGGUUUAUAUGUAACUAGUGUACUUGGUUAUUGUCUCUUGCCAAUGGUUAUUCUAUCAUUUUCCUCAUUUUUAUUUAAAUUGAAUGGUUUAGUCGGGUUAAUAAUUGCAUCGGUAUUUAUUAUAUGGUGUUCUCUAUCCGCUUCGAAAUUAUUUGCUACAUCGUUGGCUAUGAUCGGGCAACAAUUACUAGUCGCAUAUCCUUGUGCUCUAUUUUAUGGAGUUUUUGCUUUAUUAACCAUCUUUUAA